GCGUACGGCAGCGGCGCCAGAACUGACUAGCGGAGAGGGCCGCUCUUGGUCCGCCGGGGUCUCGGCAUGGCUGUACCCGCGGCAGCUAUGGGCCCUUCGGCACUGGGCCAGAGUGGUCAAGGUUCCAUGGCCCCCUGGUGCUCAGUGAGCAGCGGCCCGUCGCGCUACGUGCUUGGAAUGCAGGAACUGUUCCGUGGUCACAGUAAAACGCGCGAGUUCCCGGCUCACAGUGCCAAGGUGCACUCGGUGGCCUGGAGUUGCGACGGUCGUCGCUUAGCUUCGGGAUCCUUUGACAAGACGGCCAGCGUCUUCUUGCUAGAGAAGGACCGGUUGGUCAAAGAAAACAACUAUCGGGGACAUGGGGAUAGUGUGGAUCAGCUUUGUUGGCAUCCAAGUAAUCCUGAUCUCUUUGUCACGGCAUCUGGAGAUAAAACCAUUCGCAUCUGGGAUGUGAGGACUACAAAAUGUAUUGCCACUGUGAAUACUAAAGGGGAGAACAUUAAUAUCUGCUGGAGUCCUGAUGGGCAGACCAUUGCUGUAGGCAACAAGGAUGAUGUAGUGACCUUUAUUGAUGCCAAGACACACCGUUCCAAAGCAGAGGAACAAUUCAAGUUUGAGGUCAAUGAAAUCUCCUGGAACAAUGACAACAAUAUGUUCUUCCUGACAAAUGGAAAUGGUUGUAUCAACAUUCUCAGCUACCCAGAACUGAAGCCAGUGCAGUCCAUCAAUGCCCAUCCUUCUAACUGCAUCUGUAUCAAGUUUGACCCCAUGGGGAAGUACUUUGCUACAGGAAGUGCAGAUGCUUUGGUCAGUCUGUGGGAUGUGGAUGAGUUAGUGUGUGUGCGGUGCUUCUCCAGACUUGAUUGGCCUGUGAGGACCCUCAGUUUUAGCCAUGAUGGGAAAAUGCUGGCGUCAGCUUCAGAGGAUCAUUUUAUUGAUAUAGCUGAAGUAGAGACAGGAGACAAGCUGUGGGAGGUACAGUGUGAAUCCCCAACCUUCACCGUGGCAUGGCACCCCAAAAGGCCUCUGCUAGCAUUUGCCUGUGAUGACAAAGAUGGCAAAUAUGACAGCAGCCGGGAAGCUGGAACUGUGAAGCUGUUUGGGCUCCCUAAUGAUCCCUGAGAGGAGGGCCUGGCAGAGACCUUACUUGGUGCAGCUUGUCUGCUCUCUUGGACUUGGUGGGCACCCUUAAUAUUUUCAAAUUGUUAUAAAGAUCUUUCUUCAGACUGCCCCUUCUAAUUCCCUUUCCGUUUUUUAUGUUCGAUGUUUCUGUUCUUCCUUCUCUAGCAGUUAGGUGGUGUGCACUGGUAGGAUGUGCAGUGACCCUGUAUGCUUGACCUCUGGGGACUCCUUUUUUCUGAUUCAUAUCUGUGAUAGCCUUUGUUGAGCUUGGUGCUCCUUUGACCAUUUCUAGUUUG